AUGUCGACGACAAAGACGAUUAGUACAAGCCACAAACGACUUCUAUUACAACCAGCGUUUAGCAAUAGAUAUGUGAAUCAUCAAUUACCUGUAAAUCGACAAAAUACUCAUCUUAGUGUGAAAAACUCCCGUUUUCAGCCAUUAGUUUUAUUACCAAUCAAAGCUAACAACAGUCUAACGCAAAAAUCGAAUGUCCAUUUACAUCGAUAUGUCAGUACUCCGCACAUUACCCAGUCAACCGAAACUAUUCCUGAGAUAACUCGCGAAUGUACUGUUUGUUUAUCUGAACAAUCCAUUUAUGAAUUCCAUCGGUAUUAUAGUGAUGAAUGCGAACAUAAUGAACGAACUAUAUGUGAUACUUGCAUGUACAACUAUUUGAAAUCUCUUCUCGAGAAUCUUAUUGAUCAGGAUAAGAUGCAUUGUUUAGAACCAAACUGCCUUGCUGUAAUUCCUGCCGCUAAUAUCCGUUACAUUUUGAUGGUCCGAAAUAAUUUACAAUUAUUUGAUCGUUACGAUCGGCAAAUCACUCAUCGAUAUCUCGAACAAAAUAGAGAAUUCAUUUGGUGUGCCUAUAAUUCAUGUGGUUCAGGUCAAUUUCAUGAUAUGGGUGUUUCUUCGAAUCCAAUGAUGACUUGUAUAAAAUGUAGCAGACACACAUGUGUGUAUCAUCGCCAUCAAUGGCACGUUGGAAUGACUUGUCAAGAAUACGAUCGAUUGAAACGAUCGCCAAUCGAUUAUGGUACACAACUGUGGCUUGUAAAACAUUCAAAAAUCUGUCCCAAUUGUCAUUCGUACAUUCAAAAAAUAUCCGGAUGUGAUCAUAUGACUUGUAGACGAUGUGGAUAUCAAUUUUGUUGGCAGUGCUUAGUAAAUUAUCGAAAUAUUCAACGAUACGGAUUAGGACAGCAUAAAGAUGGGUGUAGUCAUCGUCCAGCUUAUUAUCGCUCAUUAAAUAACUUAUCGUCGCAUAGAUCAACAAAUUGUCAUAUUUUGUAA